CGUGUUGAUAUGGCAGUGUGCGAAGCAGUGAUUGCAAGCAAGUCCUUAAUUUUUAGGUUGAGAACUUCAGAUGUCAGGAACAACUCAUCUGCCAGAUACUCAGGAAGUGUUAUUGGACCAUCUUUUAGUAAAACUGAGGCACCUUUCGCCGGGUCAAGAGGACAGCCUAAUUGAACUUCUUGGCGAAGGUCUGACAAAUGAAGAAUUAUUGCAGCUUCUUCAGUCAGACCAGGAGCUUGGAAAUGCUGUCCAAACCCUGCUUUCUUAUCAGCAAAAUGGGAGCCUGACGCUGGGGGAGGCGGUGUUUGCGCGCGUCUCCCGACUCGAUUCGGAGCUGUGCGCCCAGCUGAGUGGCAUGCUGCUGGAGAUGCCGCCGCUCCGGCUGGCCAGGCUGCUGCAGGACGAGGGACGCCUGAGGGAGGCCGUCGCCGCCGCCCGCGCCGAGUACCUCCGCUACACAGGAGCCAGUCAGGUGGCGGCGGCGGCGGCGGGUACCACAGCACCGGUACCGGCCACCCGCGAGGAGUUGGCUGAACGGCUGUUCGCGGCACUGCACGAGCAGCACCCGCAGCUGGCCGGCCGUCUGACGGGCAUGCUGCUGGAGCUGCCGGAGCCCGAGCUGACCGAGCUGCUGCACGACCGUGAGCUGCUGACGCUGCGAACUGAACAGGCGCUGCGGGCACUCGGCAGGUGACCGUGAGCUGCUGAUGAUGCUAACUGAACAGGCGCUCAUGGUACUCGGGCGGUGACCGUGAGCGGCUGACGAUGCGAACGGAACAGGCGCUCCGGGCACUCGGCCGGUGACCGUGAGUGAGCAGUGUUGGAGACGAAAGGGGAAGCUGGUACAGGUGCAUUUAUUUGCACCCUGCCAUAAUAUGAGAGACGUAAGGCGAAACAACGCGAUGGCAAGCUGCAAGUUCUUUCAAAGCUGUUUAAUUAGGUACGACUUACAUCCACGAGUAUCCAAAGAAGAAAACAACGACGAAGGUGCGUGGCUCCAACACAUGGUGAGUCGGAAUUCGUACGACGCUGAGAAGCUUUCGAUAGCAUUCCAAGAUACAUAGCUCACUUAGGAAUAUGGCUUAUUACGGGUGAUGAGUAUAUUUACCAGAAUAGGUAAAAUGUCAUGAAUAUUUGCGUAUAGUACGCUACCUGAGCUUUGUGAUAAAGAAAAGUCGUAUCAUACCUGGGUCAAAAGGCUGCUAAGACGCCUAAGCUGAAUUAUUUAUGUUAGUCUUGACAGUUUAUCGUUGUUACCUAGAUAUUCCGUACAACUUCCAUUGGCAAUGCUCGUUUGCGCUUAUUUUAACGCGACUGAUCGGUGAUGAUGCUUGAAUAAGAUAUGAGUUGCACGGUUCUCGUGCGUAAAUCGUAAACCUGCUGUUUUUACGAUACAAGUUGAGAAUAUAUCAUGAAGCAGAUUGGCAAUAGCAGUUCACACCCUAUCUUAUUCUUGCUUCUCUUUUAUCACAAAAUAAAGCCUGUGGAACAUGAGUUUGCAAAAGUUUCUCAAAGUGCAGAUAGCUGAUAGAUAUAUAAUUGUGUCAUUUAAGUUUUAGAUGCCGUGAUUUCCUUCCUUAUGUAGAGGGACUCCAUACUAUUUCCUGACUCGUAGCUGGGUGAGUAAUGUAACUGCAGUGUUUCGAUAUUAACCCAAGUUAUUAAAAAAGGAGUAGCUACGCUGCACCCCACCGAAAGGUGGGGUGCGGCGUAGCUACUCCUUUUUUAUUUCAAAGUUGAAUCUUUUCUAUGACCUAGUAGUAGAUAUAGCCAAAGACAGUCGAUGGGUCGUACCGUCGUGGAUACGGACUGUCUAUUUGGGUUUGCUAUUGCAGUGCUUGGCUAUUUUUGUAUGCGUUGGUGUACUGAAAAUGAAAUAAAUGACAUGAUAUGAUGC